AUGGCAAUGACAAAUUACAAGGACAAGGACAAGGUCAAGGUCAGAUGUCAAGGUCAAAGGUCAAGGUCAGAGGUCAAUAUCAAAGGACAAGGUCAAAAAGGACAAAAACAAGGCCAGAGCAAACCGCGUGACUUGCCAUCCAGUUAUCGUCCGAUUAGUCUGUUAGACGGAGCCGGUGAGGUGUACGAAAGGGUUUUGUUAAACAGGCUGGAGACUCAUAUCACCCAGAUUGGAGCAUUAAGCGAUCAUCAGUUCGGCUUCAGAAGGUCGAGAUCGACCGUUGAUGCCAUAGAGGAAGUAAUCAAGGUGGCAGACCGUGCAAAUAGUGGCCCCGUACAAAACAGAGACUUGAGUGUCCUCAUCACCCUGGACGUCAGGAACACAGUAGAGGUUCAUUGA